CCGAGUUUGGCCUGCUGUGGAGGAAGACGCGAAGUGGAGGCGAGAAGGGGCGGAGGACGGACCCUGGUGGGCUGUACCAUUUGACUAUGUGGGCAGCUUGCUGCAGCUGGUCGUGCCUCAAUGGACUGCCGGAGGACAUGCAGGCCCACCCGCAGCAGGGGACUCGCACGCAAGCCUACUCCAACGCCGGCUACAGCUCCUUCCCUUCUCCCACAGGUUCAGAGCACAGCUGCAAGGCCUGCGGGGCGCACUUCAGCGGCUCCUCCCUGAAGCACAUCUGCUUGGAUUGCAAGAAGAAUUUCUGCCCGGCCUGUUCCCAUCAGCCUGAAAGCGGACCCUGCCUCUGCCUCCUCUGCGAGCGGUUCCGCGCCACAAACUUCCAGCGGGAGGAGCUGAUCAAGAUGAAGGUGAAGGACUUGCGGGACUACUUGGAGUUCCGAGAGAUCUCCACGGAGAUGUGUCGCGAGAAGGACGAGCUGGUGUCUCUGAUCAUUGGCCAACAGCCCCCAGAGCCCCAAGGGGACAGGACUACCUGGGCUAUUCCGUUUACAACGGACUCUCCUGCGCCGCAGCCGGACUGUGGGGCUGUGCCGCAAGCCGGAUUGCCAGUGCCUACCUCAGCGGAUGUCUCUCCAGCAUGGGACUCUGCAGAUCUGGACUUGCAAACUGAGGAAUACUCGCAGGCAAAUGGGCAUGUGCCACCGAGCCAAGACGACAUGGCGGAAGUCGAGAAUGCAGUUGAAGCUCUGACCGAGGAGGAGACGCAGUCCACCGACUCGGAGGAUACCUUGGUUUUGGGACGCAGGGCCUCACUCUCUGACCUGACAAGCGUGAGGGACAUCGAUGCCCUAUCGGUGCGGCAGCUGAAGGAGAUCCUCGCUCGUAACUUUGUGAAUUACAAGGGCUGUUGCGAGAAGUGGGAGUUAAUGGAAAGGGUGACCCGCUUAUACAAAGAGAAGGACCUUCAGCAGUUGGUUUCUGACACGGAUGAUCACACCGCUUCGUCCGGUAACGCCACACUGCCUGGCUCAGAAGAGAACCUCUGCAAGAUCUGCAUGGACUCGGUGAUUGACUGCGUCCUCCUGGAGUGCGGUCACAUGGUCACAUGCACGAAAUGCGGGAAGCGGAUGAACGAGUGCCCCAUCUGCCGGCAGUACGUCAUCAGAGCCGUCCAUGUCUUCAGGUCUUAAGGGUGACCGCAGCGGGGCCAACGAUCGUCAUAGAACGCUUCUCUGCUGUGACGGAGGGAGCGCCAGUUUGCGAGCACCUUGCCUGACAUUCCUAAGAACCUCGCUGGGUGAGAGAACAGGACUGCGAGCCCUCGAGUUUAUGUGGCUUUUUUUUGUGUGCGCAACUGUGCACAAUACACCACAGUGCCUGGAGAGCUGGAAGUCCUUGGUGCACAUUCAGACACAACCCCCAUGUGCCCUUUUCUGUCAACUUGUGAAGAAAAUCUUGGUGAGGACCAGAGAUCUGAGGCUUUCCCCUCUCCAAUGAAUACACCAGGUGGCCUAAGAAAGUUAGCACACGAGAGCGGAGACGGGGUUUGCUGCUACCAAUUCUCCUCCUUCCUCUCUAUAAAAUAUUCUGCUUCAGGUCACACCUUUCUUUAUUGGGCUUUAAAAAUGUUUUUCAGGGGAUCGUUCUUUUUCUGAAGAUUUUUUUUUUUAAAUUGUAAAGUUCUUUUGGUUUUAAUUAGCUUGCCUUAAAGGUUGUGCUAAAGGUUGCCCCUUCUGUGGCUUUGGAAUUCCUGUAGAGAUCAGGUUUAAUGGCAGCACAGUGGUUGCCUAUGAAGAAACACCCACCGUGGCGCCCCAGUGUUAGUGCAUAGCGGGGGUUUGCAACUGUGAAGGACUUGGGAGGAAUGUGUGUGUCUGUGUGUGUGUUUUAACACAGACACCUUGGGUCUACCUCCCUGGCUUUUUUUAAAAAAAAAUUGUUGAUGACUGUUAAUCCUGCAAGCGAGCGCAGGGGUUUCUGAGAAUUGCAAGUGACGUCCGACUCAAGAUGCACGACGGUCCACAUGCAAGGAGAACCCCUUCAUUUCGGCCAGAUCAUGUUUGUGCAGUUUUGUCUUGGCGGGGAGGGGGGCGUGAUAAAGUCAGGGUAACCUGCAACUUUUAACCCCCAAGCCAUUGUUGUGGUAGUGAAAUCCUGCGCUGUAAUUGUCCCUGUGCCACGGGGCCCUUUGCAGUUCUGUUGUGUUUUGGUCUCUGGUGGCUCUGCACCCUUCCUUAGCCCCAGGUAAACAGAUUUCCCAGCGAGACUCUCGGCUGGAGGCCAAAGACAGACCAAGCUUGCUCGCUCAUCGAACUCUGAUGCUUCAUUUUGCCUUAAAAUGCCACAUUUGGCUUUUGAAGCUGCCUUUAAGAGAAGCCUGUUGAGCCGGUUCCUGGAGUUCUGCCAGAAGUUGCACGCAGCUGGUUAGAAAGGACUUUGCCAAAGGCGGUGGGGGGAGGGGGGGGAGAACUUCUGCCCACUCAGCUUCUGCUGCCUCUUCUAAUUUUGUGUGCCUUUUAGCAGUUGCUGAGUUUUCCCACCCACCUGUUCGCAGCCCCCCCCCCCCCCCCGGACUGUGUCCUAUUCUUUCUGAAAUUCACAAAGACGACAGCAUUCAUCUCUGUGCCCUAGGAACAAAAGACCAUUUCCUUGCCAAUCACUGUGGGAUUGCUCUGCGGAAACUGUCAGAGAUCAAAGAUGGCUUGGAAUUAGCUUGGGCGGGUUACUUGGUUUGGUCUCUCAUCUGCUUCCUUCAUAGCUGUGCAUUUAUUUUCAAAGACCAGUGGCCUUCUUGACUGAACUCGUUUUUGUUUUUACACCCCCCCCCCCCCAAGCCUGCAGAAUCUUUACAAAAAUUACUCCUGUGUUUAGUGCAGCUCAGGUUGUACCCUUCCUCAGGGCAGAUGGGUACACAUAGUGCAGACAGAUGGAGUUGGUGUCAUGCUGCAACUCUCCCCCAGCUGCUAGAGACAACAGAAGGAAAAUGCUUUCAGAAAUGGCUGUGUCCAAAAAUCUUACGCUGAUUCUGUUUCCAAAGAUCUAGCAGCUGUGUUGCGUGCUGGGAUAUCUGUCUGCCCUAGCUUCCACUGUGGUGAGAACCAUAGACCUCUUCCAUCCUUUGUUCGAAGUGGCCUUCUCUUUAAGUGUCAUGGUUAUUAAAUUGGCUCUCUGUGUUUUAGUAACCUUUGCAAAUCCCCCUUCCAACUCAUAUAACCAGCAAGAUGUUUCUGAUAGAGCUGUUCCAUACCAAAGAUGAUCGGGAAAUUGGCUGCUGCCCUAGUUGCUCAAGUAGAGGAAAGUUUGGGUUUUUUAAAAGCAAGCAAUGCUUCUUACAAGUUGCUGUUAUAAGAUGUAACAAAACUUACAAACCAGUAAUGAUGCAGCAGUACUACUGUGACAGAUUUUAAAAUUCCAGUUUCACAGCUAGACUCAGAAUUCAUGUCUCAGCCACUACCCCUUGAUUCUUAGCUCCCCCCCCCCAGCUUUUUGCAGGCAUGUUGUUCCCCUCUCUGGUACGGUGCAGUUGACUGCAUUGGAAAGUGUCCGCCUAGAGCAUGUCCCCAUUUGUCCAAGUUCUUCCCUAAUUGCAGCUUGAGAAGUGAUCAAAACCUACCCAGCUGCAGGGAAAUUAAUGGGGAGAAUAAGGUAUAGUAUAAUUCCAGUAAAGAAAUUACAUGACCAAAUAGGGUUUGCUAGACUAAAGAAGAGGCAGUGCUUUUGUAAGGAACAAGGGGAAUUAAUUCUCCGCUGGUUCGUGGCGUUAGUCGGUUUAACUGGUUAUAUAAUGAAGAUUGAGCACUUUGGCAGAAGUAGAUCAUCCCAUCCAGAAGAUAAAUGGUGGGUUGCAGACUGAAAGGAAGCUGCUGGAGGAUAAAUUCCUGGGAACCUUUUUGUGUUAACAUCUUGUUUGACCAACUUGAAAGUAAAUGUCUUCUGGAAGGAAUCGUUUGAGCUGACAAGGCUAACUCUGUUUGAAAUAGCGUUCUGCUUUUUAAUUUUGUAAUAAAAUGGUAAUGCAAAAUAGCCUCUUGCCUUCUUUUUGUCCACCCGCCCUCCCCCAAGAUGGACCACACAGUACUUAGCAUGGUCUUGUCCUCCUUGGAGGCUUCUGUGGGGUGGGGGGUCAGGUACCAUCCCGUGGAAGAACUCUGCUUUUGUAUGUUACCAGUAUUGAGACGACAAGCGUUCAUUUACAUCGGAGAGCUUAGCUUAACCCCUCUUGCAGUGUGUCAUAUUUUAAGCGGCGAAUGAACAGAGGGGAAAAACUGGAUGCUCGCAUUUUUAGGAACUGCCCCUUCUUUGGCUGGGCAUCUGCUUUUAAAAAGGGUGGCGAAGUUCUGCAAGAGACCCUGGCUGACCUUGGUUAGACAG